GCAGUUAUUUAAGGAGAGACAAGUUGUGGAUAUGCAUGGAGUAUUGCGGAGGUGGAUCGUUGCAGGAUAUAUAUCAUAUUACUGGACCAUUAUCGGAAAUACAAAUAGCAUAUAUGUGCCGGGAGACCCUCACUGGUUUAGCUUACUUACAUAGCAUGGGCAAGAUGCAUCGUGAUAUUAAGGGUGCCAAUAUACUGUUGACUGAAGCGGGUGAUGUGAAAUUGGCAGACUUUGGCGUGUCGGCGCAGAUUACCGCGACGAUUAACAAGAGAAAGAGUUUUAUCGGUACACCUUACUGGAUGGCUCCUGAGGUAGCAGUCGUGGAAAGGAAAGGAGGUUACAAUCAAUUGUGUGAUAUUUGGGCAUGUGGGAUAACCGCGAUUGAAUUAGCAGAGUUACAGCCGCCAAUGUUCGAUCUGCAUCCGAUGCGCGCUCUGUUUCUCAUGUCCAAGUCCGGCUUUAAGCCACCGACAUUGAAGGAUCGUGACAAAUGGAGUCCAACGUUCCAUAACUUCGUCAAAAUUGCCCUUACGAAAAAUCCGAAAAAAAGGCCGACAGCAGAGAAAUUGCUUCAGCAUGCGUUUUUCCAAGGGGAGAUGAGCAAGAGACUGGCUUUAGAAUUAUUGCAAAAAGUGUCGAAUCCCAGCCAUAUGUUUACGGAUUUGGAGGCCGACGAAGACGGAGCAGUGCCCAAUGUUCCGCAAAGAAUAGCUUCACGUCACACCGCAAGGCCUAGGCCGAAAAGUCCUAUAUCGCAACUGGAUAGUGACGAUCAAAUCAACAUCGAUGGAGGGACAUUACACAGAGACUCCAUAUCACCAUCUGUGGACGCUAAUCCAGCGUGGGACAUUAUGGAUAUCAUGAAUAACGUCAAGGCCGUGCACAAUUGUGAUGUGCAUCCAGACUGUGGGAUUGGAUCUGCGUUUGAAGACGUCCAGGAAAACGAGACGCAAGCACAAGCAAUCGCGGAAGAAGACCUAGUUCCAGAAAGUGCAGGAGUCCUUCGGAAGAUGAGAAGAAAGAAAGGAGCGAUUCGUUCCCCGCAAAAAGCGCCGCAAAACGUCGCAACGCCUCGAGACUCUCGCAGCCAUGUAUCUCGACCUCGACGAAGAAACAUUUUCUGCACGAUAAUCACGUGGGUGACCGCUAUCUGCAUGUGGCCGAUAAGGAAAUUGCUGCAUCUCGUAAAUGUCGUAAAUGAAAACAGACGAAAUACUGUACCAAGCCCAAGAGGUCCAGUCGUGUCCUUGGAAAUGUUGCGCAACGUAAAGCUGAAAUCCGCGAAGCGUAGGCCUAAACCUGGAAGAUCGCCCAGAAGCGUUUGGAGUCGACUUGCGGCGAAUGUCAGUCUUUCGCCGAUCUUGCCCGAAUCGCCCGAGUCACUCGGAUGAUCCCUCGCGUCGAGAUUUAUUUCUUCGUUUUCUUUUUUUUUUUUCCUCUCUUUAGCCUACCUUAUUACGUUCUUACAAUUACAUUUCGCAAAUAUACUUACUUACUUUACGAGA